ACACGAAAGACUUCAAUGCGCGGUCGAGCGAGGUGCCGUUAAGAGCUUGCCCGUCAGAAGUGAACCAGCGUCUGCCGGCUACGGUUGUGUUCCCGGGUGCUCUCUACUAUUUUCCAACUACGCAGUGAGGAGAGAUUCGCUCAAAAUGGCACAGAUUUUAACCAACAUAUAUGACUGGUACAGAGACCUCAUGGACAAUCAGAGCGAUCCCCGCGUCGCCGAUUGGCCCAUGAUGUCCUCGCCCUUUCCCACUCUAGGCCUUUGCAUAUUUUAUGCGUACUUUAGCAAAUCGCUAGCACCAAAGCUUAUGGAGAAGCGAAAACCAAUGGACCUUAGGAAUACUCUAGUAAUUUAUAAUCUCUUCCAAACUAUCUUCAGCACAUGGAUAUUCUACGAGUACCUUCAAAGUGGAUGGGGAGGACGCUACAGCUUCAGAUGCCAACCUGUCGACUACUCCGACAACCCACUCGCUCUACGGAUGGCCCGAACGUGCUGGUGGUACUAUGUCUCGAAAUUCACCGAGUUCUUCGACACGCUGUUCUUCAUCCUGCGGAAGAAGACUCAGCACGUCUCGACGCUGCACGUCAUCCACCACGGCUGCAUGCCGUUCUCGGUGUGGAUGGGCAUGAAGUUCGCCCCCGGUGGCCACAGCACAUUCUUCGCAAUGCUGAACUCAUUCGUCCACAUUGUGAUGUACUUCUACUACAUGGUGGCAGCCCUCGGACCAAAGUACCAGAAGUACAUCUGGUGGAAAAAGUAUCUAACUGCAUUCCAGAUGGCCCAGUUCGUCGCCAUCUUCACGCACCAGUUCCAGCUGCUGUUCACCGAGUGCGACUACCCGAAGGGUUUCAUGGUGUGGAUCGGACUGCACGGUAUCAUGUUCCUGUUCCUGUUCUCCGAUUUCUACAAGCAGGCGUACAACAAGCGGGUCGGCCGGGCCAAGCGGGAAGCGGAAGCACUGCUGGCCAAGUCGCACGCCAAUGGCAAGCUGCACAACGGAGAUAUUGUCAACAACAACCAGGGUGCUUGCAUGCCCGUCCUGAACGAUGAUGACGAACUGCACCAGCGAAAGGUGACCGGAAAUGGAAUCUACUUGAACGGCGGUGCCAAAACGGCGAAUUCCUACAGCAAUGGCAAUUCGAACGGUUUUGUCGAAUCGAUCCAGCAGUCGAAUGGCGGCAUCGGCGAGAACGGUGGAGCACGGGUGCGGAAAAUCCAAUAACGCUAACAACAACUAGAUAUAGGCCUUGGUGGUUAGCAUCAUCAUAUUCAUCAUCAUCAUCAUCGUCAUCAUUCAAAUCUUCUCGUCAUCAUCACCGCCCCCUCCCCAAAAAACCCCACCAUCAUGAGUGUCUGUCACCUGCGUGUGUGCAUAUGUGUGUGUCCGACUGGCCGUUCUACGAAGGGGCUGUCUCGAAGUGCUCUAGGAAGAGCGAAAGCAACUGCCCGUGCACCACCGCGGAGCGAGGGAAUUGUUUAUUUUUAGUACGAUUUUGGCUAAAGAUGAGUUCAGUAUUCACUUGCCCCGCCUCUCCCCCAGAGAAUGGGAUCGCGAUCGUCACCCCGGUUCGCAACUCUUUGCACAAAUAUAUCAUCAUCCUCCAUCCUGUUUAAUGCUGUGGUGUAAUACACGCACACAGUGGACACGCAGAAGCAUAUGACUAAACGACGGCCGAACAACGGUGCUCAGUAGCAGUCAGUGGCGCAAGAAACAGGAUGGCCGGAGCAAACGGAACAGUACUCGAAGCCAGUAUGGACCACAGCCUGACGACACGGUGGCGGGAUACAAGAUGGAAGGAGGGGAUACCGGUUUGAUGGUGGGAAUGGAGUGUGCACCACGAUCAUAAUAUUAAUGUGUGAAGAUCGAAGGUCCCGCACCUCCAGAAGAGCAGCUACGGGUCCCUAGCCACAACCGGAUCAACACACUCACACACACACACAUACAAACGCGUGGCUCGACAGGAAGCUGCUGCAUUAUGGAUAAUGUAUUUUUUGGAAUGUUUUACAUAGUACCAAGUAAAUUAGGGCAGGGCAUGAGAUAAGGAUACGCGUCGAAGGUGUCGGCUUGCGUGUAGUAAGCUGCUUACUUACCACCCCACCCAUAGGUGUGUCCGUGAGGGUCCAUCGUGCAUGGGAACAGUUCAACUAUCACGUUUCGAACCAGACGAUGCUGGCGGCACACAACCGGGUGUGGUGUGUUGACCCUUCGAAGAAACUAUAAACAAUACGAUCAAGUUGGUAGUUAGUCGGUGGUGUUAGAUUUUUUGCGUUUACUUUGUUUUUGUUUGGUUACUUGUUUUUUUUUAACAGUCAUAUUGUACAGUACUAGAGAAGCUUAGCGAACCAGAGACAGGAUAAAGGGAGGAAGACAUAUAGGAAAUGCAAUACCUGUGUACCAAAACAAUUGUUUCGUUACUGUAUAAAUCAAAAAGAUGAUAUAAAACAAAUGAAACCGCAUAGGGAACAGAAAAAAGGAAGUGGAAGAGGAAUAAAACAAUGCUAGCAAAACAGAAAAGCGUGAUGAGAGCGAGCAGCCGAUUAUAAUAGCGUUUUGAGGAAGGAUGAAUUAGUAGCAACAUAAAUUAAAAAUUGCUGGCGCAGCAAAAUGAGCGGUCUUAAUGCCAAGAAACUGACUAAAAAAAGAAAACUAUCGAUGUUGUAUGUGAUUGUAUGUGGACUGUUUCCAACAUACGCGUGCGCGGUUUGUGUACAGCAGCAGCAGCAGCAGCAGCGAUUCGGUAUAGUGAUUAAGGGCAAACGAAGCAUGGUGGCGGUAAUAGGACAUGAGAGUAAAGAAAAAGAUUAAAAAAAAAACAAACAAAACAAAACAACAUAUACAUUCUGUCGAUUCCUGUUGUCGGGACGUCGGCAUUGAAUAUAAAGUUAAGAAGCGCAGUGUAAGUCUAAAACAAAUGAAGAAAAAUCUAAAAUCAGAA